GCCAAGACGAAAGGAAAACUUCAAGUCGGUCUCGGAUGCUGCCCGGCGCUUCCCUGCGCGAGUCACUCUAACGGUCGGAAGUUUAUAAACCCGCAGAUGGGGGACUUCUUUUCGCGGUGAACCUACUUCCCGCCCUGAGGUAUCCAUGACAACGGGUGUCGCAGGCGGGAUUCCUUUUCGCGGUGCACCCAUUGCCCGCCGUGGAGUUUCCAUGGCAACGGGCUUUACGGCCUACUGUGGAGCGCAUUCAAGAAAAUGGCGGCGGCGUCUUGUGGAGGCUCCGGCGACGGGGUUCGCACUAGUUCCAAAUGGCUGGAUGCCCACUACGAUCCAGUCGCCAAUUUGCACACCUUUUCUUCGUGUGUGACUCUGGCUGACCUGCAUGGGGACGGAGACCAGAAGCUAGUGGUGGGCAAUUUUGGCUCCACGGGUCAUGAGAUGAAGCUGAAGGUCUACCAGGGCACCACCCUCUUGAGUGAAAACACCCUGCCAGACUUACCCACGAGCGUGGUUUCCUUUCUGAUGGAGCAACAUGAGCCCUGCAUGCCAGCCCUGGCAGUGGCUUCUGGGCCGUAUAUCUACGUCUACAAGAAUCUGCGUCCCUACUUCAAGUUUACUCUGCCGCCGAUGGAGCCCAAUGCAAUGGAGAAAGUGGUCUGGGACCAGGCAAAGGAGGACAAGGUCGAUCUUCUGUCAAUGAAAGAGAUGCUGGAAGCCAUCCGAGAAAACGCAGAAAUGCCACUAUCGGUGCAGUCUUUGAGAUUCCUGACCCUUGAGCCCCCCGAGAUGGAGUCUUUUGUGAACCAGCACAAGUUCCAGCCCAUCAAACGUCAGACGGUGAUCACUUGCAUGUCGACUCUGAAGAAGAGCAGGGUGGACGAGGACGCCAUCAGCUGCUUGGUAGUCGGGACGGAGAACAUGGAAAUCCUCAUUCUGGACCCUGAAGCCUUCACCAUCCUGUCAAAGGUGGCCAUACCAAGCGUGCCCGCCUUUCUGGAUGUCACCGGCCAGUUCGACGUGGAGUACCAUCUCACCGUGGCAUGUCGGAACGGUAGCAUUUACAUCCUUCGCAGGGACUCCAAACGGCCCAAAUACUGCAUCGAGCUGAGCUCCCAGGCGGUGGGUUUGGUUCGUGUCCAAAAGAACAUCAUGGUGGCUUGUUCAGAUGAGACGCUGCGAGGCUACAGCCAGAAGGGAAAGAAGCUCUGGGCAGUGACGUUGCCAGCUACCCCCAUCACUUUGGGACUCAUGGAUGAGAAAUUUCAAAGUUUCCAGGCUGUGCUGGUGGCGCUAUCCAACAGGGAAGUUCACGUCUAUCAGGACAAGAACCUGGUGAAUGUCAUCCAAGUGCCGGAUGUCGUCACCAGCAUCGUUUUCGGCCACUACGGGCGAGAGGACAACACCCUCAUCAUGACGACCAAAGGUGGCUGUCUGAUCAUCAAGAUCUUGAAACGUACCAGCACUUUCCAUAAGAGGGAUGCAGCAGCCGGUGUCCCCGUUGCCCAGAAUGCCAAACUCAACAUCCCCAAAAAAACAAAACUCUACGUGGACCAGACCCUGCGGGAACGAGAAUGUGGAGUAGCCAUGCACCACGUCUUUCAGACAGACCUCAGCCGUAUCCGUCUCACGGCGGCCCGCGCUUACGUCCGGGCGCUGGAGUGCAGCCUGACCCCCGUCUCGGAAUCCCUGCAGGAGCCACUCAAGCUGAACGCCGUGGUGCAGGGCAUGGGCCCCACGUUCAAACUGUGUCUCAAUCUCCAGAACAUGUCUGAGACUCGGGCGAUAGCAAAUCUUCUCAUUUGCUUCAUUUACGACGAAAACCAUUAUUCCGUGGAGCGCCCGUUCUUCAAGGCUCCCAUGUUGAUCCCAGGACUGAAUUAUCCUUUGGCCACCUUUGUCGAGUGUCUCAGUGAACAAGCGAUCUCGGAUGUUAUUAAGGUGUUUGUGCUCCAGGAAGGCAGCAGCCAGCCGCUGCUCACGGCCCACAUUAGCAUGCCCGUGAGCGAAGGCUUGACAGCUGCGUGAACCGCUUCCGAGGGGAGGACCCGCGCUCAUCCAUCUCAGUACAGCCUUUCUUGACCGCCUCGACACAACGGCCAGGAACAGGGGGAGAGGAGUCCCAGUGCUGGAAGAAGUAGCCUCUUCCCAAAGGCUGGAAGAAGAUUCCCGUUUGCUGCUUAAGGAGCAAGUCCCACCCAGGCAGAGCCGCAGCAAAGGGAGGAGCUCCGCCCAAAAAGUUUUCAGCUCCUCGGAGAACACACUGUCGGGAGCAAAUCCUCCAGCGAGCCAGGACGGUGAUGUGCCAGUUGCUGCACUUAGACCACCCACCCCGACUGACGUCCAGCAUGACCCAUCAGGUGCGAGAAGAAUGGGCCAAAGAAAGAAGGUCUUUGGACCCCUCCAUUGGGGGACGGCCUCUCAAUGUAAUCUCCAAUCAGACACUGGUGAGCCAAAGAGGGGGCUGCUUACAGAUCUCGCAACGUGUCACCCUGGAUGAUCUCGGCUGGCAAAGUUGGGUGCUGAGCCCCACUUCCUUCACCUUCACCGAAUGUCUGGGGUGCCAUUGUCACCGCAUCAAAGAAGACACACAGCUGGAUCUCUGGAGCCUAGCUUGCGGCCUCCAGCAGCCAAGCCAUCAAGGCCAGGUGGAUGCCCAACAGAGACGCUGCUGUCGGUCCCGCAAGACCCCGCUCCCCUUUCUGUUCCUCAAAGAGGACGCCUCCUUGAAUCUGCAGACGGUCCGCCUGGCCCACGAUUGUCACUGCCGGCCCUGAGCCAAGACCCCAAGCCCCUCGCCCAGCCCCCAGAAGUCUCCUGCACGGGGAGGGGGGGGCACUGACGGUCAGCAAGCCCCCCCUCCUCUCUUUGCAGGGAGAGCAUUGCUGGGGAGGGGAGGAAAAACCAAACUUUUUACAUUUUGUUUUCUCUUUUUUCAAACACACAAACACAGUCCCUGGGAGAGGGGCUGGGGGAGCCCCUUUUCCACAGCCCCCACCCCACCCAUUGCAAACACGAGCCCACCGCUGCACCGCGAUGCAAAGCUGCUCAGAACAAGGUCUACUAGGUGCGGGUGGCGCGAGGCAUCCUGGGAGUUGCGGUUUAGACGAGGGAGCUGACUCGGGGGUCCCAACCUGACCCUCGGGUCACGUUGCCUCUGGGUUUGGAUGGCUUGACGGAAAAGGAAAAUUUUUUUUUAGCCAGCUUGUCCAGCUGCCCUUCAGCCCUUGUUGUCUGUGCACCUUUAACCGCAGCUAAAAGCAGAUUCUCACCCUUCUAAGCCAUCGUUUGCUACAGCAAUGUUUCUCAACCUUGGGAACCUCAAGACGGGUGGGCUUCAAUUCCCAGAAUCCCCCAGCCAGCAUGCUUUAAGAUAUAUGGACUUCAACUCCCAGAAUUCCCCAGCAGCAUCCUUUAAGAG